CUCGUCUCUGUGGUUUGUGUUUAUGAUAGAGAAAUGACAAUGACAAUGAAAAUAAUAAAACUUUUGAAAUAAUGGCGAAAUUACUCAGUUUUAUAAUUCUAACAAUUUCACUUUAUACCUUUACUUACCAGCAAAGCUGGCCUGGCUGGAGUAAAGAUUCUAUGGAGGCCUUGAAUUUGACCUGUGAUAAAGCAGAAUGCAGUCCACCUUGCAACUACGCUGCACCACCCACUUACUGUCCCACCAUUUUGCCGAACUGCUCAAGCGGCUGUGUCUGCAUGCUACAGUGUCAAGCACCGGUCAUAACCUGCUUCAAGCUCAAAUAUUGUCAAAAGAAGAGAUGGUUUUUGCGUCAGAAGAAAGAAAAUUGAGUGUGGAGCUUCCAUAAUGUACAUGAUUACUUUGAGCGUUUGUGAAAU